GGGAAGAGGGUGGGAUUUCUUCCCUUCUCCUGCCGCUGUCUUUCUAUCAGCGCCUCCAUGGGCCACGUCUGCCUCAGAGCCAGGGCGCAAUGGGACCUGGGAAUGUAGUUCCUUAUGGUACAGAGCAUGGAGGGCAGGGCAGGAAAUGACCUGAGCAAACAGGCAGUUUGCCUGGCACUACAAAGUGCAGUGUCUAUGCUUCAUUCAAUACUUCCGUUAGCAGCUAUUUACCGAGAACCCACAAUGGGCGUCAGGGGUCUUGCUAGCAGCUGGGGAUCCCAUCAUGAGCAGCAUGGUCCCAAUCAGAGCCUGAGUAACACAGGGUAAGUAGAAUAAACACACGGCCACUGGAUUAUAAAGUGUGCUGAGUGCAAUGCAGGAAGCCAUCACAGUGCUGACAGCUAGUGAAUGAGAGGAGAGGUUCGGCCUUCUAGCGUUUUAAGUCGGUUUAGUGACUCUUCAGGUGUGCGUGCAGAAAACAUGUGCUCAGGAAAGCAUACUCAUAUCUAGAAAAAGUUUUAAAAGGAUAUUGUGACUUAACAUCUGCUUUUAGGUCUUUAUUGUCUCAAACCUGUGUGUGUGAGAUUGUAACAGAAUGGGUGUGUGUUAGGAGGAGAGAGAGAGAAGAAACAGAGAGAAACAGAGAGGGAGGGAGACAGAGACAGUGGGAGAGAGAAACAGGGGGAGAGGGAACAGUGCGAAGGAAGAUUCCUUCAGGAAAACAUCCUAAGGAGCCAGAGGGCUCAGGGCAGCUAAGCCCUGGCAGGCCUCCUAGGCCCCACCUCCCUGCCCUCUCAUCAUAACUUGUGAUCUGAGAGGCAUGAAAGAAUCUGAGCCCUUCCCCCUCGCCUAACCCUCUCUCUGGGCCGCUCGGCCAGGCUCCCAGUCAAAACCAGCUCAGGAAUCGGAGGGGCAGGAGGUGGCGGGCGUGCAGGCAGGUUCCUCACCUGGUGGCCAUGGGCGGUAACAACGGACAGCCGGGCGUGCACGCUUACACAUCGCUGGCCGAGGAUGGCCCCCAGGCCGCUGGGGAGCCGCCCAGAAGACCCACGGGCCGGCUGGUCAUGCACAGCAUGGCCAUGUUCGGCCGGGAGUUCUGCUACGCGGUGGAGGCGGCCUACGUGACCCCCGUGCUGCUCAGCGUGGGCCUGCCCAAGAGCCUGUACAGCGUGGUGUGGCUGCUGAGCCCCGUGCUGGGCUUCCUGCUGCAGCCGGUGGUGGGCUCGGCCAGCGACUACUGCCGGGCCGGCUGGGGCCGCCGCAGGCCCUACAUCCUGGCCCUGGGCGUCAUGAUGCUGCUGGGCAUGGCCCUGUACCUCAACGGGGACACCGUGGUGUCAGCGCUGAUCGCUGAGCCCCGGAGGAAGCUGGUCUGGGCCAUCACAGUCACCAUGAUGGGCGUGGUUCUCUUUGACUUCGCCGCGGACUUCAUCGACGGGCCCAUCAAAGCCUACUUGUUCGAUGUCUGCUCCCACCAGGACAAGGAGAGGGGCCUCCACUACCACGCCCUCUUCACAGGUUUUGGAGGUGCCCUGGGUUACCUCCUGGGUGCCAUCGACUGGGCCCACCUGAAACUGGGCAGAGUGCUGGGCUCAGAGUUCCAGGUCAUGUUCUUCUUCUCCGCCUUGGUCCUCACUCUGUGCUUCACCAUCCACCUGUGUAGCAUCCCCGAGGCCCCCCUGAGAGACACUACAAAGGACGUCCUCCCGCAGCCAGCCCCGCAGGGCCCUCCACCACCAUCGGACAAAACGUACGAGUAUGGCUCUAUUGAGAAGGUUGGAAACGGUGAUGCGCACUCAGCGCUGACGGUGCAGGGAGAAAAACCCAAAAGCCCUGCUGAUCAGAUUCAGAGGACAAUGACCAUGAAGUCACUGCUGAGGGCACUGGUGAAUAUGCCUUCCCACUACCGCUGCCUUUGCAUCAGCCACCUCAUUGGAUGGACCGCCUUCCUGUCUAACAUGCUGUUUUUCACAGACUUCAUGGGCCGGAUCGUGUACCAUGGCAAUCCCUACAGUGCACACAACUCUACCCAGUUUCUCAUCUACGAGAGAGGGGUUGAGGUCGGAUGCUGGGGCUUGUGCAUCAACGCAGUGUUUUCCUCACUCUAUUCUUACUUCCAGAAAGCGCUGGUGUCCUACAUCGGACUGAAGGGUCUUUACUUCAUGGGGUAUCUGCUAUUCGGCCUGGGCACGGGCCUCAUCGGGCUCUUUCCGAACGUGUACUCCACGCUGGCCCUGUGCGCCUCUUUCGGCGUGAUGUCCAGCACCCUGUACACUGUGCCCUUCAACCUCAUGGCCGAGUACCACCGCGAGGAGCGGGAGGAGCAGAAGCAGAAGGCCCGGGCAGGGGCCCCGGACGGCGGCGGCCGCGGGCAGGGCCUGGACUGCGCCACCCUCACCUGCAUGGUCCAGCUGGCCCAGAUCCUGGUCGGAGGCGGCCUGGGCUUCCUGGUCAACAUGGCCGGGAGCGUGGUCGUGGUGGUGAUCUCAGCCUCGCUGGUGGCGCUGAUGGGCUGCUGCUUUGUGGCCCUCUUCGUGCGAUACGUGCAGUAGGUCAAUAAAGAGACAGUGUCCCUCACUCAGCCACGGGAGAUCCGUCUCUCCUUCGGCCCCGCAGCUCUGGGGUCUGCCCGCUGCAAGCUGGGUG